UUUGGGUCUGGAGCCGGCCGGUUUUGGUGUUUCCAGGAUGACAGCGGAUGGUCAAGUGCUCGCGGUGCCAAUGGCGGAGGGUUACAAGGCGGUCUCUGGAGGUCCCGGUGUUCAGCUGGUGACCAGCGACGAGGGUGAAGUAGUGGCAGUGCAUAUGAGCCAGACCGCCCAGCUCUACACCACCGUCGACCGAAUUCUGAACAGCCAAAGGAUCCUGUCCUUGCCCCUUGCAGAUCGCUACUCUCUGGCUGGCAAGGUGGCUGCGGUGCCGGCGGAAUUCGGGCGGCUCAUUGAGCGACUGGCCUCCCAUGUGGCCACCGCGUUUAACGAGGC